AUGAGGAGCAGUAGAAGUUUCCAUCAUCCAGACAUUAAGGAGUUUUUGGUCAAUUUCAACAACACAUUGAACAAUGAGAUGGCCAAGAUUCAAAACUUUGUUUGUGAUGAAUUAGUUAAGCUGAAAAACAAAAUUCUUAACCAGGGAGGCAAUGAAGAAGAAGGAAAAGAACACCACACUGAGGAGGAUGAAAAUGAGCGGCCACAACAUGAUGAUGUUAUGAUUGUAGAGGGCGAAGAAACACAUGAAAGUGGUGACAAAUCGCAUGAUGAUGAACAGCAAGAAGAAGAAGAGGAAGAUGAAGACGAGAAUGACAAUGUGAGAGAAGAUAAAGCUACAAAAAAGGAUACUGAAGAUGAACAGGCAACUCAAACUGAAGAAGGAAACGAAGAAGGGAAAAUAGUGGGUAAAGCAGUGCAGCUACCCAUAAGGAGGUCAAGUAGAUGUAAAGUCCCAAUAGUUAAAUCUCCUUACAUGUCUACUUAUGGCAGAAAGGUGAAAAUGAGUGACAGGGAUGCAUUUUAUACUGUGGUCAUGGUAGAUAUGUUUGGGCAUUUGGCAACACAAUCAGACCUACAAGCACUGGGUCCCAGAGGGUGGAUAAGCAACAGGGUAAGGAUGGUGCAGCAACACACAGCAUGGCAAGUGGACAAACAUCUGAAAGAACUACUCCCCCAACACUUGGGAUACAAUUUGGCUGAACGUGAAUACAUAUUUGCACCUGUUGUGUUUGCACUACAUUGGUUUUGCUUUGUGUUUGAACAGAGCACACUAAAGUUUUAUGUGCUAGACUCUCUGCAUGGUGGUGAGGAUACAAUGAAGCGCCAAAAGAAGAAGAAUAAGUCUAAUCUAGCAUUAAAGGGGCAACAAAUGAUGGUGCAAACUUUUAGGGCACACUUCAUUGAAAUACUAAGGAGAGUAAAGCCUGAGCUGGAGGCUUUGGCCAACCUAGAUUCAAACAAUGACAUCUUGUAUCCCACGGUUCAUGUUCAAGACAAUACUGAUGAUUGUGGGGUUCAUUUCAUCAUAUAUCUAAGAGAGUGGCCCGACCCACAAGAAAAGGAUGGAGUUCUAUUCACCAUGCCUUAUUAUACAACAGAUCAAUACACAUCUAUACGGUGUGAGCUAUUGUGGUGGCUCGUGACUCAUAAAAGAAACAUCAAGUCAGAUGCUGUUGCCAAACACCUUGACCAGAUUAACAAAUAA